AUGCCUCCACGACACCAGACACUGCCUCCCGCGCAGACCUCCUCCGCGCGUGCGGCUCAGAAGUCAUUCUACUGCGCUCUGUGCUCCAAGGGCUACUCGCGCAUGAACGAAUACGAGGCUCACCUGAGCAGCUACGACCACAGCCACAAGCAGCGACUUAAGGAUAUGAAGGCCAUGGUCCGCGACCCCAACGCCGGCUCCCGUGCUCGCAAAGCAGAGGCCAAAGCCGACGGGCUCGUCAGCAUCAAGCUGGCCGGACAGGACGCUGCGAAUACCACCGGAGCAGGAGGCUUUAAGAAAGGGGGCUUCAAGAAGAGUGGUUUCAAGAGUGCCUUCACGCGCGUUGAGGGUCCUGCGAGUGGUCCUGAAAAGGCUCCCAAGCCGACCAACGUCCUGGAGCCUCCUACAGUGAACCCUGGUCUGCAAAAGGGCUUGUCCGAGGAGAGCGACACCGAAGACGAAGGCUACGAAGUCUACGACCCCAGGUUCCCUACGAACUGA